AUGGUUAAUGGUUGUGAUUUGAAUCAAAACAGAGAUUCAAUUGGAGGAGUUAAAGCUACAGAUGGUAUAUCCGGGGAGGAGUCUAACAAGAUUAAAGGAGCUAAGAAGGAGGCUUCUCUUUAUAUCAAGGAGCUUGCUAGAGAUCAUGGAAUUCUUUUUGUGGGCCUAGUGGAAACAAAAAUUGGCAAUUUCAGCAAAGUAGAUUUGGAGAGAAUCUUGGGAAAAGAUUGGGACCUUUUUAUGGUUCCUUCAGAUGGCCUAUCCAGAGGUUUGCUGUUAUUAUGGAGAUCAGACUUAGCUUCUUUCAUUGUAAUCAAGGAUUCAGAUCAAUGUGUGAUUGGGAACCUUAAUGUGCCCAAUAAAGAGAUGUGGAUGUUAGCUACAGUAUAUGAAAGCAAAGAGGUGUUUAAAAAGAGAAGUCUGUGGGGGUGUAUUCAGGAAGUUGCAAAUUUGAAGUUACCUUUGGCGGUAGGAGGAGACUUCAUUUGCAUAAUCUCUCAAGAUGAGAACAGAGGAGGAAGGAAAUUUUUAAUCUCUCAAGGUCCAAUUGAGAUGGUGGACUUCAUGAAUGAGAAUGAUUUUCAUGAUGUAAAGGUGGUGGGACCAAGGGACACUUGGUGCAAUAACAAAAGUGGUAGUAGUCGGAUGUUGGAGAGAUUGGACAGGGAUUUGCAUUUUUGGGGGAAGGCUAAAGCAAAGAAAUUCACUAGCGAGAAGGACAAAUUGAAAAAAGAAAUUUUUCAUUUUCAAGAAGAGGAAGCAAAUGUGGGCUGGUUGUGUGAAGAGAAGCUUCUAAUGCUGAGAACUAAUGUUAGAAACCUGAAUGUGGCUCUAUCCAAGCUAAAUACUUGGUGGAAACAAAGAGCAAAGGUAAGAUGGUAUGAAGAGGGAGAUGCUAACACGAAAUUCUUUCACUCCUUUGCAAACGCCAGAAGAUGCAAAAUUUAUAUUUCUCAAGUGAAGAAUGGCAGUGGGAAGCUAACUGAAGAUCCUAAGGAGAUUCAAGAAGUAUUCUAUAGAUACUUUUUUGACAAGUGGAAGCAAAGGAAUUGUUUGGAAGAUAAUUGGCCAGCACAAUAUAAUAGUCUUGAUGAUGAUGAUAGGAGAAGAUUGAAUGCUGAAGUUUCUGAUCUAGAAAUCAUAGAAACUAUCAAGUCGCUGGGCAACAUUAGAGCUCCUGGAGUUGAUGGCAUCUCUUAUUCAUUCUUCAAGGCUUAUUGGAACACUGUUGGCAAUGAUGUGUGCAAUGAAGUAAAGUAUUUCUUUGCAACAGGGAGGAUGUGCAAGGAUUGGAAAGACACUCUAGUAGCGAAGAUGAAGAACCCAGUUACGCCGGCUGGGUUUCGUCCGAUUAGCCUUUGUAACUCUAUUUAUAAAAUUGUUGUUAAAAGUCUUUUGAACAGGAUGUCUAAAGUAGCUGAUGGCAUGGUAGCAAUCAAAUUAGACAUGGAGCAAGCUUAUGAUAGCAUGAGUUGGAAGAUGCUUCACAGAAUGAUGGUGAUCUUGGAAUUCCCAAAGCAAUUCAUGGAUUUGGUGAUGGAAUGCAUUACGGAGACUAGAUAUGCUAUCACAGUUAAUGGUGGACUUUCUAAUUGGAUUAAAGGGAAGAGUGGGUUUCGUCAAGCCAUGAUUUGCAACAAAUCUGUCAACAGAGGUAGGAGGAAGAAGAUAUCAAGGCUGUUGGAGAUAAUGCAAGUAGAAGAAAUGGAUUAUUUGGGUACCAAAUUUGCUCUCAGAAGACUUAAAAGGCUGAUUUUAAAGGUCUUUUAG